UACUAUUUCGCCAAUUACAUUGUACAGGUGAUAGAUUUUUGAGGAUAACAAUAGAAAAUCGAAGUGGCACAUGACCCUGUACAUAACAUUUUAGAUAAACUUGUCGAUACCACAUCAAAAAUGAACAGAACAAUUAUUUCCCUGUGGAUAACGGAUGGAUUAGAGUCUACUAAGAUAAAUUGGUACAAUGGAUCCGAGCGUUAAUACAGAGAAAACAGACAUCAUGACCAAGGACACCAAAAACAACGUCCGUAAUAACUGGCGACGAUUUAUUGUCGGUCCUAUUAUAGUCUUUUACACUUUUGUCUUCCAAGCAAUAUUUACCAUAACAUCACAAUAUGCAUUCUAUAUCCUUCAGAAACAGAAAUUUACCAAUAGGACAAUUGACUAUUCUCAAAACAAUCAAUCAAUAUGCGUGCAAAAUAAAACUUUGGAAAUAUUUCACGAAAUGGAAAAAAUUCAGAAAGAGGUUGCGACCUGGAACGUUUACUGCAACUUGGGAACUGGAAUACCGUCUUUUGUGGCAGUGAUUUUAAUAAACUCUUACAGUGACAGAAUUGGAAGGAAGAAAGCAUUCUUGAUUCCGAUUUGUGGAACGAUAAUAAACGCUUCAUUCUGCGCAGCUGUUGCUUACUUUGAAAUAAGUAUUUACUUUAUACCGAUAACAUUAUUCCUUGAAGGACUUAGUGGGGCAUGGAUAGGAAUGAUACACACUGGAUAUGCCUAUGUAGCCGAUAUUUCGGAGGCUGGAAGGUCCAGGACACUAGCCAUGGCUACACUGGAUAUUUGUAUUGGAGUCGGCAUGGUAAUGGCUCAAUUAGUAGUUGGAUACUUGAUACACUGGACUGGUUUCUUUAUUCCGAUGAUAACUAUAGAUGCUUGUCUUGUGGUGUCUUUCGUUUUGGUUCUCAUGUUACCAGAAACAGUCCACACUGCACCAAAAGAUAAAAUAAGCCCCGUGGAGUACGUAAAAAAUGUUUUCGAAUUUUAUGUAAGUCCGGAAUUAGCCGGAAAAAGAUGGAAAUAUAUUAUCUGUGUAACAGUAUUUUCAUGCUCCAUAUUAGCAUAUUUUGGAAGAAUAUCAGUAGAAACUAUAUAUCAACUGAGUACUCCAUUCUGCUGGAACUCGGUUCAGAUUGGUUGGUUCGCAGCUCUCAGAAGUUUACUUCAAUUUAUGAUUGGAAUGGGUCUAGUAAAACUUUUACAGAAAGGUUUCUCUGAUGAAAUGAUCGGUUUUGUUGGAGCACUGACGUCAGCCGGGUCGUCUGCGUUGGAGGCAUUGGCUUACAACGAUUGGAUGAUGUAUUUAGUUCCAGUGGUUGGUACAACAGCUGUCAUACCACAGCCAAUGAUGAGAGGUAUAAUGUCAAAGAUGACGCCCAUGGAGAAACAAGGUGCCAUGUUUGGAGGAUUAGCCGCCAUGGACAUAGCGUUCAGCAUGAUAGCAUCAGUAGCUGCUAACUCUAUAUAUUCCUCUACCUUAUCUUUAUACAGAGGAAUUGUAUUCUUUGUCUUAUCAUCUUACGAUGCGAUAGGAGCAUUUCUGAUAUUGAUACUUUACAUCGGAUCAUACAGGAACAAAGGCAACGCAGCAGAGAAGGAAUAUCUCAUCUCAUCAUAAAAGUAUAUUCUAUAGACAUUACAAGAAAUUUUUGCAUAAUUAUAGUAUUGAAGAAAGGAUAUAGAUAUGAUAAUUUUUUUUUUGCCCUGGAUGAAAUAUUACUUAUAUGUUUUGCUAUCAUAGCAUGUAAACGUUUAUCGGACAUGAUUGCAACUAUUAACUUCAACUUAAAAUCUGUAAUAAAACAUUGUUUUGAAAAUAUUAAAGAUAAAAUUAUA